CCAACAGCUUCCUUUUACCUCAAGGAUCAACUUCACCACUGCUACACCGUAAUUUGGAAGCUGGAAGCACAGCAAAUAUGGUGCAAGUACACUGCCCUCUCCUUUUGGUCUUUUCUACAACUCUGCGGCCUUUCUUUAUGCAUGUGCUUUUGGUUUUUGGGGGAGAGAGCUUUUGUGACUGGCCUGUGCUUUUUAAAGGCUUCCAUGAGGGGUUGGAGGGAAGAGAAAGGUGUCGGUGUGUGUGUGAGAGAGAAAGAGAAACAGCGACAGACAGAAAGAGAGCAGUGUGAGGAAAGGCUAGCUCAUCUUGCAAGCAAACUCCCAUACUAGCGUCACUAUAAAUUCUCAGCUUCUAAUUGACAUCUCUUCUCAUAGGAUAUCCCUCGUUGUUGUUCAGUUCUUCAUUGGAUCCUUUUGUAAUUUUACCAGAGAUAUUAAGCCACCCAUCAAGCAUAGAAACCUUAUCCAUCCAUUAAAAACCAGUCUUUUCUGCAUCUCCUCCUCUGUCCUCAUCACAUCAAGUUUGUUGGUUGCUUCUGUUCUGCAGGCCAAUUUUAAGAAAAAGCUGACAGGUCCUCGUCUGGGACCUCUCAGUGGCUUCCUAUAGGAAAGUAUCCAGGCCUCUCUUCUUUCUUUUCCCACAUCAAGAUCCGCAAAUCCUCCGCAGAUCUUAGAAGCUAUUUGCUCCAUAGUCAUCUCUUCCUCUCCAUUCUUUGCUUCAGAAGAUCUUCUAAAAAUUAUACACCACCAUGGGAGGCACCUUGGAGUACUUCUCUGGCUUGUUGGGCAGUGGUCACAAGCACAGGAAGAAGCAGCAGUUGCAGACUGUCGAGCUCAAGGUCAGAAUGGACUGUGAGGGCUGUGAGCUUAAGGUCAAGAAAGCCCUUUCUUCAAUGAAAGGAGUUCAAUCAGUAAACAUAAACAGGAAACAGCAGAAAGUGACUGUGGUUGGCUAUGUUGAACCAAACAAGGUGUUAAAGAAGGCUCAAUCCACAGGAAAGAAGGCUGAGAUCUGGCCAUAUGUUCCUUAUAACUCGGUCACUCACCCUUACACUGCAGGGACCUAUGACAAGAAGGCUCCCCCAGGCUAUGUUAGGAGUGUGGAGGCUGGUACAGUCUCAUCCAUCCAAGCCAGCAAACAAGAUGACCAGAUGAUCAACAUGUUCAGUGAUGACAAUCCAAACUCCUGCUCCAUUAUGUAAAGAAGUCAUCUUUCUCUCUCUCU